UUAAGAUCAGUAAGAAUUACUCAUUUACCAUUCACACAACCCACAAUUACAGAAGAGGAUAUCAUUUACAUUGAAAGAAAUAUAUCGACAUAUUACAAUAGGCUUUGCGUCAAUCUUUCUUCCCCUCUCAUUUUUCUCAAGCUAAAUCAUGGCCACUCUACUACAUAAUCCGUGGUUUGCGCCACUAAAGGAGAUGGAGCAGUCCAUCACUACAGUACUAGAUCGCACACGUGGCUUGCCAACCACACUUGGACCGCUUGAUAAGGUUAAUAAUGGCACAGAUGACUACAGCAAACGACCUUGUGCGCUUGAUGAUCCUAUCUCAGAAUAUAUCGUGCCUGUCAUUGAAAAAUAUAAGUCCAUUGAUAUUGCUGGCGGCAGGGCUCCGUUACUUGAAACAGCAUUUAAACUUAAGUUCCUUCAGAUCCAGAAUGAACUUGCGGUGAGCAUGCCAAAACUCUUAGACGCCAUCUUUCAGUGCCUCGACCUUUUGUUGCGUUGCUCCGAGCGCAGCCUCGUGGAUGAUGUUACACCACUCAAUUGCCUCGAAGAAAUAUUUGAAUAUCAGACGAUAGAAGCAAGUGAGCAAAUAUACAACUAUUUGGAAUCUCGUGUAGACCGUCUAACUAUGAACUUGGUAGUUGGGAAAGGAAAGGGGUUGACAUUGCUUCGACUAUGUAAUGAUUUACUUCGGCGACUCUCUAAAGACAAAAAUGCAGUGCUCUGUGGACGGAUAUUGAUGCUUCUCACAGGUGUGUUGCCACUCAAAGAACGGUCAGGUGUCAACCUGAGAGGCGAGUUCAACCUCGACAAUAUCACUUUACUCGAGGGUGAUGAUGGACAAGCGGCGUCAGAUUUUACUCAAUCCCAUGGAAAGUCAUCUAAGACUGGGGAAGCAGGCGUCCCAAACACAGAAAUUAUGGAUGUCGAUGAAGAUCCAAAUACGACAAGAAAAGGCGAUGAAGAUGCAGUAUAUGACGACUCGGCAUUUUAUAGACAGUUUUGGGGUCUGCAGGCAUUCUUCUGUAAUCCCACAACUCUGGGCAACUCUCCAGAGAACAUGACUAAGUUCAGAACGGGUAUCGAACAUACUUUAGACAAGUUUGCAGCCGUUGAGGAAGCUGAGCAAAAGGCUCACGGGCAAAGAGUAGAUGCUUCUGGUUCGGCUGAUUCAAAAUCUUUAUCUUACAAGGAUGGAUCAUCUACACCGGGUGACUCUGUUUCAACAAAGAGGAAACACUUCUCUACUGUAGAAAAUACCGAAAAAUCAACAACAUACUUUCCUAAAUUCUUGACAAGCUCAAAACUGCUGAAACUAGAGAUUUCCGAUCCUUACUUUCGAAAACAUAUUCUUGUCCAAUUCCUCAUUAUCAUACAAUACCUCGAAAGCCAUAGCACUGCCGCUGCGGAAGCCUAUUCUAAGCUUCAAGUGAACAAACACGGAUCUGUCAAUAAAUCUCUUCUGCAAGGGUCAUUGAACAAAUCUCUUAUGCCGCAUUGGUUCUUGGAGGAUGAUGAUCGAGAAUGGGCAGCAGCGAUCAAGCCUCGGAUAUUCAAGCAAUUAAAAUCGAUCGGGUUGGAGACUGGUGAUAGAAAUUUCCUAAAGACGGUUGAUGUCGUUCUUGACCGCGAUUCAAGCUGGGUGCAAUGGAAAGUUGAGAAUUGUCAGGAAUUCGAACGGCCACCAUUGGCAGCGGAUGACAUUGAAGAAACCCAAGCCAAGCGGCGCAAGUUGUCAGAAAGAUUGAAACCGUUCAAACAAAAGUUGGGAUGCGCUAACUUGAGCCAGCUUUGGAAAGACGUAGAAGAUGAUGACUCAGGUCUCGGAAGCAACUGGACACCUCAGACAAUUGAUGGAUAUUUGCCCUCUGUACCAAUGAUUGCAAAGCGCGAUCUCGCUACUCGAAAGAUGCAAGGGCGGCCCCCACCUUCAGAGCAGGAAUUGAAAGAUUUGGAACAAACAAGGCUUUGGAAGGCACUGCGGCUAGGCACCGAAAAGUACUUAGAUCUCUAUCAAGGCGUCGCUAGCCCAGGUUAUACCCUUUCUAAAUUGAUUGAGGAUAUUCGAGCAGACGAGGAAUGGGAGGAAGAAAUCAGGCAGAAUAAUGGCAAAGUACCUAAGAAGCCCGAAUUAAAAGUGGAUCAGUCUACGACAACAUUAUCCAAAACCGAGUCAUCUGGCACACAGGAGCUUUCAGACACUGCAACAGUAGAGAAGCCAGACGGCCUCACUACGGAAAAGCCCGCGACAGCAGAUGCAGAAGAUGUAGACAUAACAGCAGACGUUAAAGACCGAACAACAAGGAAUGAUAUCGAAUUGGCAGAGCUUGAUUCAUCAAUAGAUGUGGACCCCCCUGCAAGUGACAUCAAUGUCAAUAACCACGCAGACUCUAGUCAGGCAAAAGAUGAGGAUGAGGCCGCUAAUACAACCAUUGCAAAGGACACAGGAACAGACCUUCCAAUGGAGGAGGUUGCGCCAAUUGUGAUUUCACUGAAAUAAUAAAAUCGCCAAAGAUUGUCACGUGCUGCCAUUUGCCACCAUUAG